AUGGAAUCUAGGAAACCGAAAUCUUCAACUUUAUCUAGGAAGAAGCAAAAGAACCUUAUUGGAAGUGAAUCUCAGAACUUUUACUCUUUUGGAUCCCUAGUAAUUAGUAGUAAGUUUGAUACUGGAAACAUUCUUGAUGUAUGCCAGAUCAGUGAUCGUAAUUUCAUUAUGACCACUGCAAGUGAUGGAGAACCUUACAGAAAGCCAGGUAAAUCUAAAGCAUGGUACCAUUUCUCUAUCACUGGCUUCCAGCAAGGUGAAACUUAUAACUUCUGCCUCUAAGAAUGCCUCACGGACCAGGAUUGAUCAAUAAUGGCCUUAAGCCAGUAUUUAAAAUAGUUCCAGAGGAUGAAACAUGGAAGUUUAUUCCUGGAGAAGUGGAAUUUGAUAAAGGAGAGGAGUCAUCCUUAAUCCAGUUCAGAUAUACAUUUGAAUGAAGCUCCUCCUCCACUGUACACUUUGCAUACAGUUUCCCAUUCGGAUACGAAGACGUCUUGAAGCAAAUGGACGAAAUACAACAUAAAUUAAAAGACAAUGAGUCUAUUUAUUUCUUCAGAGAACAUGUUGGGUACUCCCUUGAGAAAAGAAAAGUAGAGCUUAUUACAAUCACAGAUCAUUCUAAGAAAACUGACCAGACAGAGCCAUUCAUUAGAAGAUUGUUCCCUACUUGAAAGAAUAAGAAAAUUUCGAAACGAGGCUAUAUCUUUAAGAAACCUACUAUCUUCUUCAGUGCUAGAGUUCAUCCAGGAGAAGUAGCUGCUUCUUUUAUGUUGAAUGGAAUUCUUGAUGUUCUCACUGAUCCUGAUCAUGAAUAUGGAAAACUUCUUAGAAAGCACUUCGUAUUUAAGAUAAUUCCCUUGCUCAACCCAGAUGGAGUUUAUAGAGGGUACUAUAGGCAAGACACAAUGGGAAACAACUUGAAUAGGUUUUAUAAAGACCCCAAGUUUGACCAACAGCCAACUAUUUAUAUUGCGAAACAAAUUAUUAACCAGUUAAAUCAAACUAGUAAGUUUGCAUUGUAUAUUGAUCUUCAUGCUCAUGCUUCCAAGAAAGGAUGAUUUAUGUUCGGGAAUUCGCUCAGCAUUCUCCAACAGCAAGUAGAGAAUAUGGCUCUUCCAAAAGCAAUCUCUUUAAACAGCAUUGAUUUUGAUUUCAACCAGUGCUCUUUCGCUGCUGGAAACAUGAAGGUCAAAGAUAAAGGGACUGGGAUGACAAGAGACGGAUGCGGUCGGGUUGCUAUUUGGAGCGACACUGGCAUCCCUAAUUCUUAUACACUUGAGUGCCAUUACACUGUCGGGGUUAAUAAAAAUACUUUGACCGAUAUUAUUGAUGUGAAAACCAAAGAAGUAGUUCAAAAAGCAGAAGAUGACAAAGAGCAAACAGACCCUGAUUUGGUUAAGGCAGGAACCAAGGAGAACCCAUAUACAAUUGACUCAUUUUUCCAGGUCGGGAAGGCAGUCUGUGUUGGUAUUUUGGAUUAUUAUGAGCUUAAUGCUCACUCAAGAUUACCUUCAUCUGAAUUAGGAAGUAUGAAGAAUGUAAGAAUUGAAAUGAGAAGAUUAAUUGAAGAGAGAAAGAAGAAGAAGGCAAGCAAUGAAAAUAAUCCCUAUAAUCGGCUGUAUAACCGUGGAAAUAGCAGAAGACAAGCAUCCCAAGCUAGCAGAGCAGAUAAACUUCCUCCUUUGCCAAAUAUAGCAAAUAAAAAAUGAGAUGGAGCUCCAUUUUUCGGGAAGAAAUAUCCUAUUCAUCCUCAAAUCCCCAAUAAGAGUGCUAUCUCGAGCAAUAUACUUCUUUCUGAUGUAUUGUUAGACCAUAAUAUCAAUAAAUCUCAAAAGAAGCCCUAUAGAGCUUCUUCAUCAAUUAUUAAGCAAAGAAAUAAUCUCAAUAGGCCGAACUUAGGCCCGACCAAGAUCCCACUCCUAAAAUCAAUCAUAACUCCUUCUAAUAUAAAUCUUGGAAAGGUAGGAAGUUAUUCAAAUGAGGUUCCAAAAAUCAUAGACCCAAAACUGUCAAGAAAGAGCUCAAAGUCGAUGCUAAGGAUGCCCUUAGUUAGAGCAGUCACGACCAAGGAAGCCUUAAACAUGAAAAUCCCUAUUAGAGCUUCUAGUUCCCUUCAAAAAAUCUAGUUAUUAAUUUUCAACCCAUUUAGCGA